UUUUAGAGUAACAGUUAUUAGAUAGAAAAUAUAAGUACAUUUUAAAUACAUGGAGGAAAAAAGACCAGCUCUAUCAUUUUUUGAUCGUCUGGAUCAACUCAUUAACCAAAAACACAAUCAACUAAAACUUCGUAAAAAGUUCGGAAAAAUAGAUAUUAAUUUUAGGGAUGUCUGGAAUAACACUCCGCUGCAUAAAGCUGUAAAAAGGGGUGACCGUGAACUGACAAGGUUACUAAUAAAGUCAGGAGCAUCUGUUAAUCAUAUAAAUGAUCAAGGUGACACGCCUUUACAUGUGGCAUCACGAUUCAGAACAGUCGUUUCUGCAUACAUCCUUCUAAAACACGGCUCCGAUAUUAACAGAAAAAACAAUCUUGGAUUUACACCUUUGCACGAAGCAAUACAUGCCGAAAUUGUUACAAUGGCAAAAUGGUCAAAAAUAAAUUAUUAUGAUGGUAUUAAAACUGAUGCUAAUAACGAGCCUCUAGGCUAUCGUGUUCAAUCUGAUUAUGAUAUUGCUGGUAAUGAGUUUCUUGAAUACUUUCCACAUAAUUAUCAUUUACCUAUUGGUGAAAUAGAUAAUACGGUUUUGGUUAGAAUUUUAGUCGAAGCAGGAGCAGAUGUUAAUCAACAGACUGCCGAAGGGUGGACACCAUUACAUUUUGCUGUUCAAAUCGGUCGUACAGAUAUUGUUGAUAUACUAUUGCAAAAUGGGGCCAGCGUUACCUUAACCGCGCAGAGCCUACCUGCACGUCUUCUACUCCAAAUGCCAAGAAAGAUUCGAAUGUUAUUUAGAAUAUGUUAUAAAGUAAUUAAUGACGAAACUACAAAUGUCCCUACUACUGGUACUACUGUAUUGCAUGAGGCUGCAAAAUUGGAUAUAACGGAUAUAGCAAAAGUUAUUCUAGAUAAGGGUGCUGAUAUUAAUGCACAAAAUUCUCAAGGAAAAACUGCCCUUCAUAUUGCCGUGGAAAAUUUUCAAUAUCAUAUGGUCAUAUUUCUAAUAUUAAAUGGGGCCAAUAUUAAUAUAAAAGAUAACUAUGGACAUAUUCCUUUAGAGAAUGUUUUUGUCUUAAGGGAUCCUUCAGAAUUUCCUUUUGAUUUCGAUUUUGACUUAUAUUUGGAUUAUCAACGAAAAUUGGUUAAAUACAUUGUUUUAUGGCAAUACCACCAGGAGUAUCUAUUUAUGAAAAAUUCUACAAUACAAUCUUGGUGGGACAAUUAUGAAGAUACUAUUCAUAAAAUGAAAGAUUGUGUAUUUGAGGGGAGUAAUAUUUCCUUGUACACAAUCAUCAGACACAUCUUUAAUAACCAACUGCUCGCAAUAUAUCUAACAAAUAAUUCAGUAAUCCAGUCAUUGCACUGUAUUGAUAGAUAUUGUGCAAUGUUUCCGGCGUAUAAAGAAGUUAUAGAGAUACUUCCACAUAAACUGAAAUCUGCAGAAGAAAGAAGAUCUUUAUUAAAUAAACUGAUUUUAGUAUAUAAUAGAGUUUUACCUCAAUUACCGCUAGAAAUUAUUCUUCAAAUUUGUAGUUACCUGAAUAACUCCGAUUUGAAAAAAUUUGUUCUAGCGCUCUGUGAUGUCAGUUGAUAAAACUGGUUAUACAUUAUAUAUUUCUAUAUUUUAGUAUAUUUGCAAAAAUAAGGACAAUAAAAAAUUAAAUCAUAAUGAAAA